AUGGCAGCAUCUGCCGAAGGCGCUGCUGCCCAGCUGUCAGACGCAGUAUGCAUGAUACAUACAUACACUUCGUGUUGUUACCAAAUCGAAGUUGUAGGCGGAAAAGGCAGAUUAGAUAUUUCUUUGUCACCCAGAGAGUUAUUUUUUAAUCGCAUCCCAUAUUAUCAGACUUUUUUACCAUUAUUCGUAUAGAGGUUACUGUCGCGCAACGAAGAUGCCUAAUCUAGCCAAUUUAUCUCAUUUUCCUUUAAAGAUUAUAUUCACAAUUCACUUGAUACUCGUGACAUGGGGAAUGCAGGGAGGCUGGUGUCCAAAGUCUGUAUUGUUUUAUAACUUGCUAUUCUUUGCCUGUAUAUUUUGGGCUGUUCAUAAUACUGAAUCAGAUGAACCACUGCAAUUUGCAUUUUUCAUAAACAUACUCUCUAUAUUUCUGGAUGUGAUCACCUUGGCAGUCUACUAUCCGUCGGAAUACAACCAUGCAUCUGAUAAGUUUAGCGCAGCUCUUAUGAUUAUAAAUUUGAUUGUUCGUCCUAUCUCGAGUAUAUAUCUGCUGCGAAUAGGCCAGGGGAGAGGUGGCAACUUGGCCACGGUAUUCGCACCGAGUCCUGCCAUGGGUUAUGGCAGACAAGACUAUGAAGAGAUUUCUCAUCCUGUUCCACAGAACUCUGAUUUUGAUGGCGUUUAAAAUUGGAUGAAAGUUUCGGCAGCUUUAAAUUUAUGCAAUGUACUCGUGUUUGUAACAUGAUAUAAUUUCGUAAGAUUAUUUGUCAAUGCUAUAUUAGCAUUGAUAAAUAAUCAUUUAAAUUAAUAUAAGUUGCCUUGCAUAUUUUAUAUUUCAGAAAAUCAAAGAUUAUAUUUUUAUUUAUUACUGUUAAUUUUAUAUUUUUUGGUUGAUUUUUUUGCAAUAUAUAUACAAUCUCAUAAAAUAUAAAAAUGUAUGUUUAUAUAUUUUAUUACAUAUAUAAAUAUACAAUAUUUCCAUGUUUCUAUAUUUUAAAUAAUAUAAUAAUAUAUAAUAGCAAUACAAUUAGGCUUUGCGCACAAUGGAGGAAUAUUAGAUAUUAGGAAUAAGAAAUUAAAGUUUUAAAAUUAAUUUGCUCAAUGGAUGUAACGUACACUGAAUAUUAAUAAGAUAUAAGACAUAAAUAUUAUUGCUUAUCUAUGUAUUUAUUGAAGAAUCUGAUUCUAAAACUCUGAUUCUUAUUCCUAAUAUUAUUCUCCCAUUGUGCGUCUUACAAGGGCAUAAGUUACUUUAAUUAACUGAUAAUGAUAUUUGUGAAUAAUAUUAUUUUUAUUAUCUAUUUAGCCAAUUAAUCGAAUACAACGAUUUAAAUCUCAUAUAUCAUAAAUUUCUACGCAGGUCGUUGUGUGUACCUAAUAUUUUUAAUAUAUUCAGAAUCUAUUCUGUAUAACAAUUUCUACUAUUGACUUGUGAAUAAAAGAUUUUAAUGCAAA